UGAUGGUACGUUUGCAAAGUAGCAUCUACAUUGGUGAAAAACUCCAUUUGAACUUUCAAAUUACUUAGGAAAGUGCCUUCAACUCAUUGAGGGGUGUAUACUCAGUGAGUUAAAAUUGAUGUGCAUUCUGAAUGUUGUCUUUCAUACACAAACCUAUAGAAUUGUCAACUUCUCAAUUGCUUUUGCAGGAUGGAAAACUUAAUGCACCAAUAAGGAAGGGUUUGAAAACGUCUCAGAAAUUCUACUGCUGUCCUAUUGAAGGCUGCCCUAGAGGACCAAACAGACCGUUUUCCCAAUUUUCUCUUGUCAAACAGCACUUUAUGAAAAUGCAUGCUGAAAAGAAGCACAAAUGUGAUAAAUGUAGUAACUCCUAUGGUACAGAGUGGUAUUUGAAACGGCACAUAGAGGUCUGUGGCAAGACUUUCCAGUGUACUUGUGGGUGCCCUUAUGCCAGCAGAACAGCAUUGUUGUCUCAUAUUUACAGAACUGGCCAUGAAAUUCCUGCAGAACACAGGGAUCCUCCUAGUAAGAAAAGGAAAAUGGAAACCUCUAUACAUAAUCAGCAGUUGGCAGAGAAAGCAAAUGAAGCAUUCAUCAACGCACACAAUAAUAAUCCUGGCACUCAGGAAUUGGAGUCCUCUGAAGUGAAACUAGCAGCCUCUCUUGAAGGCUCCUGCAGUUCUAACCUCACAAACCAAAUGCAGCCAAAAUGUACGCUGAAGAUGCUCUUACCAAAGCCCAAAGUGGCUUUGGUUAAACUUCCAGUGAUGCAGCUUGCUCACUUGCCUAUAUAUGUAUCUGCAACAGACUCUUCUGUCAAACCUGCUGUAGUGGCUGUUGAUAAUCAAGGUUCAUUUAUAAGUACUGUUCAUUUAUUGCCUCAAUUGAUAGGAAUUCUGAUUCCAGCACUGGAGGCAGAAACACUUGUAUUUAAAGACAGUAUGCCUGUUUCAAAAGUGACAAAUUCUGGUGAUCGUGAACCAGUAAGUACUGGUAUACAAGUUGAGUUGGAUACGGUUACAUUGAGUAACACAGGGCAAGAGAUGGGGAAUAUUUGUCAGAAGAAUAAAAUUUCUUCAAUAAAUAUACAGACUGACUUAUCUUAUAUUUCACAGAACUUUGUACCAGCUGCAGCCUGGACUCCCAGUUCUUCUGUAUCCUCUUGCUCUCAGACAGAUCUGUCAUUCAGUUCACAGGUUUCGCUGCCCAUCAGUGUACAAACACAGACGCUGCUGCCUGCUUCCAAACUGACUUCAUCCAUAGCUGCUCAGACUGAUGCUUUUAGUCAGGUUUGUUUUCCAAUGUGUGGCAUUUCUAGAGAGACUCAAACCAGUAGGACACAGGACUCUAUUGAUGGAAGGGUGCAGGUGGACCAGGCUGUGAUGUGCAGUGACAUCUUUGACAAUGUUCAUUCAUCAUAUAAUGUUUCUACUCACAUUGAACUUCCAGAAAGCAACUUAAUGCCUGCAAAUAUAGAUCAAACCUUGCUGCAAAGAAAUAAUUGCAAGAGCCUGAAUCAAGAUACAGUGAAGUCUGAAUCCCUUAUCAGCUUCAGUACACAGCCUAAUAUACUUCCACCUCAAAAUACGAUGGAUAAUCAAACCCAGACAAUGGACUUGCUAAGUGAUCUGGAAAACAUCUUUUCAGGAAACAUGCCUGGCCAGACACUGGAUAAUCGUGGCCUUUUGUCUGAGACAAGUUCUAACACUGACAUGCAUCUGCCAUCUGGUCCAUCGCAGAGCACAGGAAUAGACUUUGACAUUGAAGAGUUCUUUUCAGCAUCCAAUAUUCAAACUCAGACUGAAGAGAGUGAGUUUGGUACCCUGAACCCUGAGCCAGUUUUGGAGUCACUGGACAUUGAAACUCAGACUGAUUUCUUAUUUUCAGAUAGUGCAACUCAAUCAUAUAGCUGCCGAGGAAAUUCUAACUUCUUAGGUUUGGAGAUGUUUGAUACACAGACACAGACAGACUUGAAUUUCUUCUUGGACAGUAAUACCCAUCUGCCUUUAGGAAGUAUUCUGAAGCAGUCUAGUUUCUCCAUGAGUACUGACUCAUCUGAUACAGAAACCCAGACAGAAGUAUACCCAGCUACUAAAAGUAUACCUACUCAGAAUACUGAAAGCAAAGUCCAGCUCAGUAGUGCUGAAACACAGACUAUGGAUAGCUGCUUUGAGAAUCUAGGGAGUUUAUUCCUUACCAGCAAUGAGACACAGACAGCAAUGGAUGACUUUCUUCUGGCUGACUUAGCCUGGAACACAAUGGAGUCUCAGUUCAGUUCAGUAGAAACACAGACAUGUGAAAAGCUGUGCUCCUUGUUUCAGAGCUCUGACAAGCCCAGCCAUUGAG